CUAUUGUGAAACAGAGAUUUUUUCUAAAACAUUGAUGUGGCCAUGUGGGGUCGAGUAAGGUUGUCUAAUGUUAUUCGAAUAAUCUGUAUUUCAUCAUGCAUUAUUGCACCCAACCUAAUAAUUUAGCCUUAUACUGCUCUCAUCAGGCAUCACACAUUCACACCAACACAUUUUUCAAGCUAAGAUGCAUUAUUCUCAAUUUGCUCGGUGGAGUUUGGCUCUACAUUUUCUUCUACUAAUGCAGAUUGGUUAUGCCGCAAAUGGAGAAAACCUUGCAAGUAAUCGAAACUACGAAGGAAGUCAUCAUGAACAUCUUCAUCAAGGCCAUUCAACAACACCACACAUGGAUCAUUCAGUGCAAGUAUUUUUCACCCCUAAAGACCUUAAGCUAGGAAAUGUAAUACCUAUCUUCUUUCGAGGCCGAAAUCCUUCCUCGAGUUCUCCUCAUUUUCUUCCUAGGGAAGAAGCCGAGUUAAUACCUUUCUCACCAUCUAAACUAUCUUACCUUCUUCAACUCUUCGGCUUCUCUCAAGCUUCGUCUCAAGCUAAAGCCAUGGAAGAUACCCUAAGACAAUGCAUCAUAAUAAAACCUAUACUAGGAGAGACUAAAUUUUGUGCUACUUCCUUAGAGUCUAUGCUCGAUUUUGUGCAUAAAAUCUUCGGACCAACAACAAAAUUUAAGGCCUUGAGCACCCAAAACUUCGCGAAAUCUGGUAGUAUUUUACAAAAUUAUACCGUCGUAGAUGAACCUAAAGAAAUACUAGCCCCGAAAAUGAUUGCUUGUCACACCAUGCCGUACCCAUACGUGGUGUACUAUUGCCAUCACCAAGAAAGCGAAAGCAAAGUGUUUCAAGUUUCAUUGAAAGGUGAAGAAAAGGGAAGUGAUAAUAUUGUACAAGCCGUUGCUGUUUGUCAUAUGGAUACCUCCCAAUGGAGUCCUAACCACUUCUCGUUUCGAGUUCUAGGAAUCAAGCCGGGUUCAUCUCCAGUUUGCCAUUUCUUUCCUGCAGAUAAUCUUGUUUGGGUGCCAAUAAUAUCUAAUUUUGAGGGUUCAAGAGGAAGUGUUUCAAGUAUGUAAAAAUUUGCUUACUUAGCUUGUAUGCUAUACUACUUACGGAGUACUAAUAUUGUUGGAAUUCAUAGUAUAUGUCCAAUUGAUUGGUUUAAUAAUUUGUUGUAACAUCAGUUGAGGAAUGUAUUGUAAUUGAUUUUAAAAGGAAGAUUUGUGUAAAAGGACUUUUUAAGUGGUCAAUUUUGUUUAAAAGGACCUUUUAAGUGAAAAGUUGUGAAAAAUGACCUUUUAAAUUGUAUUAUGUUGUGAGAGGGUACUAGGCUGGGUUUUCCGGUUGGUUAACAGCGGAGCUCCGGCGUUGGCUCUCACUUGGAAGUGUGAUGUUGGGUAAAGGAGAUAUAAUCUGAAAGCCCUUGCAUCUAACUUGUUUCCCGACUCGUCAAAAAAAAAAAAGAAAAAAAAAAA